AUGAGUUUACUAAAAAAUGUUCAUCAUGUUCGAUUCGCUACCAAAAGUUUAUGGCAGACUUGUAAAACACUAAUAAAAGGUUUCGGAUUCACGCUCCACUGUUUGUUCAAAUGCGGUUCAGAAAUAAAUCUAGUGCUAAAAAGUAAUCAAUCGGUAAUAAUGCUUAGCGAAAUCAAAACAUUGUCCAGUGUUCAUCACCCAUUUAAGUACCAUUCAGAAAUCAGUAACUGGUGUACAAAACGUGAUGGACCAUGUGACAUUGCUUUAGAAGUAGUUGAUGUGUAUGAAGUUUGUGAAAGGGUUUCCCGGUUUUCUGGGUUUGAGAACAUUCUUUUGGAACCUACUACUUAUGCUGAUUAUGAUGGAAAAAUUGUUUUAGGAGUAAUCAAGUCAUGUGUUGGGGAUUUGCUUCAUACGAUUGUUGACUCGUCACAGUAUAAAGGCUUGUUUUUGCCUGGAUACACAUCGGGACAGAGUGCAAAUGAUGACUUAAAGGAAGCACUAAAUAACAAUGGAUCGAAUCCCAAUUCUUUUGUGAAAUAUACUGAUCAUAUAGCAAUCGCUGGGGAUAUUGGAGAUUCAGAUACUUUUAUGAAUUGGUACAAAACAGUAUUUGGAAUGAAACGCAUAUUCAUUAAUAUACAGGAUGAUGAAUCCCAAGGGUUUAUAGUAAAGUUCAAAAAUACUGGAAUGAUGUUGAAAGCAGUUUGUCAUAAAGAUCCAACUUCGAAUUCUGAUUAUCGUAAUGCAUGCAAAUUUGUCUUUGUUGAGCCCACGAAAGAUUCAGAACCUAGUCAAGUGACUCGAUUUCUACAAGCUAAUUCAGGUCCAGGCUUACAACACAUGGGACUCGCCAUUGAUAACAUUAUAGAUGUAGCAGCUACCUGUCAUCAAAAUGGUAUAAAAUUUAUCACUGCUCCAGACGUCUAUUAUGAAGCUUUAUCUCAGCGUAUCAACUUGGAAGAAUUUUCUUUGGAUUUAGAAAAACUUAAAACAACUGGCAUACUUGUAGAUAAAGAAUUAAACAAUGAAGGUUAUCAAAUAGGAAGUCUACUACAAAUAUUUACUGAACCAUUGUUUCAAAAAGAUGGGUUUUUCAUGGAAUUAAUUGAACGUCGUAAUCAGUCAACUGGUUUCGGUGAAAAUAAUAUCAAUGCUUUAUGGGAAGCAUUGGAAAUAUCACAAACACUGUAA